UAAGGUGUAAUAAUUCAUCUGGAGCAGCAGCGCAUUCAGCCCUUCCCCUUUUCUCUACGUCACACCUUCCCUGUGCAGCCUCUACGGGUUGCUAUGACGACGGCGUUGCAACUUGUCUCUAAAGGCAUUUUCCUAAUGAACUCUGUCGACCAGAAAGACAGCUCACCACGAUAGGUAGCAGCAGUUGUUUGUGAAUGGUGUUUUUUUCUGAUAUGGGAAUAGGAAUUCAAAGUCAUUUAAAAUGCUACAGGAGCCCAGAUGUCUUCCUUUUAGCGAGUGAAGUCUGGUAACGGCAGUUUGCGAGGUUUCUAUCAAAACAAGUAUAUCACCAUGAAGCACAUGAGCUAACUACACAAUGGCGACCUUAAAAGAAGUGGAUCACACAACUGUGAAUGAAACAGACAGUAGUCUUCCAACACAGGAGGACGCAGUUGGGGAUCAGACAAAAGAAAGGAGACAUGUCGAAUCACUUCUAGAUAUUAGUGAGGAGGACUUCCUGAAAGAACAGGAGCCAUAUGAGUAUCAUUGUUACUCUGGUUGGGAAGAAGCUGUUCAUGGUUGGGCCAGAGUUGCUCCACUGAGCUGCAUCCUUUUGACUCAGAAGAGGGACAGGAAACCAAUGCAUAAAGAGGCUGACAACCCAUCCCCCUUGUGUGGUGACCCAACAAACCUUGAUGGAAACAGCUCAGCCAGCAUAGGACAGCACUGCUGUGAGUCUCUUGUGGGCCCACCUAACAGCUUAAAGAAAUCCAUGCAAUUAAACCAGCACACGGGAUUCUGGGGUAACACUGGUGUAGCAGCGCGACCAAAAGACACCUCAGAAGGGCCUGUCUUCAAUGCUAUGCAGAAAACCACAUCAAAUCUCCUUAAAGGAAAGAUAGGGGAGGAAGGGAUGCUCCGAGAGACCCCUUUGCAGCCUCAUUAUCUCCCUUCAAAAUACUCAGAAAACAGGCCCACUAAGCCAGAGAAACACAGGCACAGGCCUAAUGAUACAUUGGUUCCCAUUAGAAACUUCACAUUUUUCCCACCAAUUAAAUCACCACACCUGGGUCCUCAAAAAGUCAUCCAGCUCUGCAGUGGCAAGCUGGCCCCGGAAGGAGAACCCAUAGAGGAGAAGGAUUUCAUGUUUGAGAAGAAGAGCGGGACAAGAGGAAGAAGAGUGGAGCCUAUUACUAACCCAGAGCUCCCCAUGUACUCUACAGCUUUGACCUCCAAGUACCAGGCGUGUCAGCAUAACCUCCACUUGUUCUCUGCUGUGCGUGUUUCUAUCCCCAAGAGGUAUCAAGUACCGAUGUCUUCCAAAUCUGACACGCUGCACCGCUACUCAAUGGGCAGGAGCCUCACACAGGCCGUCCACUCCAACACUGCAGCAGGUGCACAAGACCAUGUGCACCCCAGCAAGACUGUGUGUAUGUAGUAUGCUAGUAUCAUCUUAAACUCUCAGGUUUUACCAAGUAAAAACGUGUUUCAUCUUA